AUGGAGAUAGGUCUUACACUGGGAAGAGGUGCAGCAGAAACUGUUGUGAGGCCUGCAUUUGACAAAGUGCAGUACUGGAUUGAGCUGCUACAAGGAAAACACACAAGUACUGAAGAAAUGGUGAAUGAAUUGGAUAUCUUGGAAGGCUUGAUCAAAGAUACAGAUAGCAGCAGCGCAAUCCACACACUCAAGGCAGCCAGAGGCCAAGCAGAAGACUUGUGUGCAAGUAUUAGAGAUGUUAUUGAUGACGCCAAGAGAUUUGCAAGACUGUAUGAAGAGGCGAAUGUCAGGCUACCCGAUGCAAUCAAUAUAAUGGAUGAAGAUGAGCUCAGUGGCAUGAUACAGCGGUUUCUGAAGCAAGAAGAAAGAAGAUUAUGGAUUGCUGAAGGGUUCAUAAAACGUCAACCAAGACAGACGCGGCAAGCAGUAGCGGAGAAAUACCUCAGUGAUCUUGUUGAUCUUCAUGUUCUAAUGGUGGAAGACAGUUAUAAGUAUGGCAGGCCCAAAAAUUAUAAGGUUCAUGAUUUGAUGCAUCAAGUGAUACAGAAGAAGGCAGAGAAUGAGGAUUUCUGCACAAGUUGUUCUGAUGGCAACCAACAAGCGCCAGAAAGGGUCCGGCGCAUGUCAAUUCAGAUAGAGGAGGACGAUUUCAGACAAAAUGUAAGUCUAUCCAAGCUGCAGACCUUGUUUAUUUCUAACAAGAUACCACAUGUUCCAAAGCUCUUAUCUAGCACUACAGCAUUGAAAGUCCUGAGCAUGCAAGGGUCACUAAUAGAGGAGUUUCCAAAAGAAAUUGGCAACCUAACUCAUCUAAGGUACCUUAAUUUGCGUGAUACCAAAAUAUCCAACCUGCCAAUGUCCUUGGGUAAUCUAACUAACCUAGAGACUUUAAAUCUCAAAGGCACUUUUGUAUCAGAACUACCAAAAUCAAUCCUGAAGAUCCAAAGUCUUCGCCACCUUUUAGCAUACCGAUAUGAUGCACCAAAAAAACCGGAACGACAACCAGAGGCUAUAUUUGGAGUCAGAGUCCCUAAAGGGAUUGGUCAAUUGAAGCAGAUGAGGACUUUCUCAGUUGUAGUGGCAGAUAAAGAAAGCAAGAUAGUUAAGGAGCUUAUCAAUCUUAAAAAGUUGAGGAGAUUGGGAGUUCUGAACCUGAGAAGAGAAGAUGGCUCUGAUCUAUGUGAGUCCAUUGCAAAAAUGGACCAACUUUCCUCUAUUUCAAUAACUGCAAUGGAUGAUGAAUACCUGGACAUACACAAUCUGUCAGUUGUGCCACCUCAGCUUCAGCGUUUAUAUUUGCGAGGGCAGUUGCAGGUGGUGCCACAAUGGUUUACAUCUCUUCACCGCCUUGUGAGAUUACUCUUAAGUGGAUCAAGUUUGAAUGAGGACUCCAUAAAUAUACUUCAAAGCCUGCCACAACUUGCUGAGCUUUCAUUGAUUCGUGCACUUAAUGUGGACCGGAUAGAGUGCCAGAUUGGUGGGUUUAGAAAUCUAAAGAUUUUGGACCUGGAUCAGCUUAAUGGCUUAGUCAAUGUAACACUGCAUGGAUCAAUGGUAAACUUACGUAAAAUGAUCAUAAGGAAUUGCAGGAGCCUCGAAAUGGUGCCAUUGGGCACUGAACAGUUAAUCCAGCUCGAAGAGCUCCACUUUUUUGACAUGCCAAAUAAUUUUCUUGAGAGACUGAGAAAUGGAAAUGAAGAUCAUGCAAGGGUGCAGCACAUUAGAAACAUAUUAUACUACAGUAAAGGGUUUCCGCACAGAUCAAUAGAAGCAACAAUGAGAGGUGGAGCCUGACUCCUGAGACUGUCGCGGAAAUGUCCAAGGUGACUUUCUUAACUGGUUGCAAGUAUCUAGCUCAAAAUGGUACCAUGGAAUUUGCAUUGUGAAACAUGUCUGAGCAGGGACAUAUGAAGAAAUACCACUAAACGCGUGAUAUUUCAGUGGCACAGAACCAAAUUUUCCAGGUUAUAUUAUUUGCGGUAAGUGGCUGCAAACUUUGGAUAAGGCCCAGCAGAAUGUCAACCUAUGAAUCUGAUGUCAUCUGUGAUCACCAGAACACACAUUCUUCAGGACUAACAGAGAAAAUAGAAAACACUAUUAGUGUGGAAUAGAUAGCGACAAUAUCAAGUCCUGCAAAUUCUUGUGUUUAAGCAUUAUCUUUUCAUUGUCUGCCUGUGCGAGUGUUUAUUAGUUUUUUUUUUGUUUUGGGGGCAUUUGAAAGAUAGCUCAUGCAACUUAGUUUUAUCCGGUUCAAGAUAUAUCCUAAGCAGCGCAAAAUCCCAAAACACCUUUCCAUAUCUCUAUCAACAAUCCAAAUAUCUGUAAUCUGACUGGUUAAACAACAGAACGAUACAUGGAGAUUUAGUCACAAAAACUCCAUAACCCCUAUAUUAUCUACAUGAAUCCACAAUCCACCAUGCUGUUCCAUGCCGAGUUAGUAGUAACUGGAGACCUACAGGUGCGAGCCUAGAUGAAUUGCCCAAAUCAGGCGCUCUACAACGAAUCUGGUGGCGCGCGGCAUUGCGGAAUCCGGAAGCGGUAGCAUCACGAUUCGGGGGAAAAUAAUAAAUGCAGAGGCGGAGCGGAAGAAAAC